CAUGCAGUCCGAGCGAGCGCGCAAGAUACGCGACGCGGCACUCAUCGUGUGGGACGAGGCGCCAAUGUCCCCGGGACUGCAGCUGACGGUGGUGGACCGCCUGCUCAGGGACGUCAUGGGAUCAGAAUUACCGUUCGGCGGUAAACCCAUGCUGUUCGCGGGCGACUUCAGGCAGAUAUUGCCCGUGGUCCGAAGAGGAUCGAGGGCUGACAUCGUCAUGUCCUCGAUCAGGCACAACAGUCUGUGGCGUGGCAUGGAGCGCUUUAACCUGGUCCGCAACAUGCGCGCCGACAACGACGCGCGCUUCGCCGCUUGGUUGCUCCAGCUCGGCAACGGUCGACUGCCCGCGGUCGACGGUGUCCCAGACACCGUGCAAAUCCCCCGGGCAAUGACAUGUGACGUUGCUGAUCUCAUAGAUUUCGUCUAUCCGGAGCAAAUGUCGUUGGCCAACGUCGACGACUUUUCUCGGAGAAUCGUUCUGUGUCCCAGGAACGACGAAUGUCGAGCCGUCAACAGGGACGUGCUUCAGCGCGUCGACGGUGCCCAGAGGAGCUACACCUCCAUCGACACCGUGGUCGUCGACGAUCCCGACGAAGUGGCCAAUUUCCCCACAGAAUUCCUCAACAGUUUGGAACCGGACGGCCUGCCGCCGUACCGGCUGACGUUGAAGGUGGGGUCAAUCGUCAUGCUGCUCAGAAAUCUCGAACCGAAGAGACGGCUGUGCAACGGCACUAGGUUGGUGGUCACCGAACUGCGUCAUCACAAUUUCAAGGCCAGGAUUUUGAACGUUGACGCACAGGACGAUAUAGUCGUGCCUGCGAUACCGCUCACGUCCAGCGGCGAGGACGACCUGCCCAUCAUAAUGCGGCGCGUUCAGUUCCCGGUGAGGUUGUCGUUCGCCAUGACCAUCAACAAGUCACAGGGUCAGACGUUCGACCGAGUGGGUCUGCUACUGCCGUCGCCCGUGUUCACGCACGGGCAACUGUACGUGGCGUUCUCGAGAGAGAGAAACGCACAGUCACUGAGAGUCGGCAUGUACACCGAUGUCACCAAGAACAUCGUGUACAGGGAGGUUCUGGACUGA